AUGGUGGCAAGCACAGAGAACUGGUCCAGUGCUGGGACAAGCAGAGCAGCAAAAUGCAGAUCCUCUGAUGGAAAUUUGGUGACAUUUUUUGAUACUGCUUCGGCUGAGGCACUGGAUGAUGCUGUUGCAGAGUUCUUCUUUGCCGAGAACAUCUCCUUCAACACAAUCCAAAGAGACAACUUGAAGAGAAUGCUGAAAGUUGCCGCAAAAGUGGGGCGUCCAGCGAUUGACAACCUCAUGGGAUAUGAGAAGUUGCGGACAACUGAGCUACAGCGAAUCUACAACAACGUUCAGAAGUGGCUUGAAGAUGUGCGGCUAAGUUGGAGGACAUAUGGUUGUACCAUUGUCACGGAUGGCUGGUCUGAUAUCAAGAAGCGGUCUUUUAUCAACUUCAUGGUCAGUUCUGUGAGAGGCUCAAUUUUCCUGAAGGUUGUGGACAGCAAGAACACGAAAAAAACCGGAGCAUGGUUGUUUGAGCAGCUGAAACAAGUGAUUGCUGAGGUUGGCACGGAAAACGUUGUGCAGGUGGUGAUGAAACAAGUGAUUGCUGAGGUUGGCACGGAAAACGUUGUGCAGGUGGUGAUGGACAAUGCAAGCAACUGUGUGGUCAUGGGGGAGCUUUUGCAGCAGGAGUUUCCACAGAUUGUACACGUUCACUGCGUUUGCCACAUUAUGGACUUGCUGUUCGAAGAUAUUGGAGCUCUGUCUUGGGUGCAGCCUUUCGUCGAUGGCUGUGCGAAGACAGUUACCUUCAUCACCUCAAAACCAUGGGUUCUAACUCUUUAUAGAACUUUCUGCAAACGCGACCUGAUAAAGCCUGUGACCACGAGGUUUGCUUAUAUUUUUCUCGUGAUGUCUCAGCUUCUGGAGACCACGAAUCUCUCUGGGCUUCGAAGAAUGGUGCUCGCUGAUCGGGAGGGGGCGACUUCAAGCCUCAUCUUUGAAGCUGUUGAUCGGCUGAUCGAGACGAUGGAUGAGGGAGCUCGAAACGGAAUUUAUGCACAUGAGGAAGUGGGACAAAUCAAGGAUUUCCUACUUGAAUCACAUGGUCUGAAGGAGGCAAGGUGGUAUCAAAUGCACAACAUCAUUCAUGGAGCUGCUUUUGCUCUUCAUCCUCUGUUUCUGGGGGAUAACCCGGAGAACAACAAGCUGGACAAUGAGGCACGCGGGAACUGGCUGGAGUACAUGCAUGUUUAUAGUGGAGGUGAUCUGGACUUGCAGUUGAGAUUGCAGGCACAGUUUGAGAGGUUUCGGCACAGCUUGGACAGCAAAUAA